AUGUUGAGCACAUCAGAUGGAUCACUCGUUGGUAUCUCUAACCUACCAAAUCAGCGUUAUAAAAUCGUCUCCAAUAAGGGAGGUGUGUUUACGUUCAUGUGCUGUGGUGAAUCAGGUUUAGGUAAAACAACUUUUAUUAAUACCCUUUUCCAAACAACUUUAUCACCAUUAGACAACCAGAAUAGACGCCAGCAACCUAUCAGGAAGAGCUCAGAGGUUAAUGUUAUUCGUGCAAUGUUGGAGGAGAAAAACUUCUCUUUGAGGGUGAAUGUUAUUGAUACUCCUGGAUUCGGUGACAAUGUGAACAAUAAUAAGUCUUGGCAGACUAUCGUGGAUUUUAUUGACGACCAACAUGACUCUUAUAUGCGCCAGGAACAGCAGCCCCACCGGUCGGUGAAGUUCGAUUUAAGGGUUCACGCUGUGUUGUAUUUCAUUAGGCCUACUGGACAUGGCUUAAAGCCGCUAGAUAUCCAAACCAUGAAGCGUAUAUCCACAAGAGCGAACUUGAUUCCUGUGAUUGCAAAGGCGGACACAUUGACUGCCAAGGAAUUACAGGACUUCAAGGUUCGGAUUAGACAAGUUAUUGAGGCCCAGGAUAUUUGUAUUUUUACGCCUCCCUUGGACGAAGCAGACCAAGGAGAUCCAGCUGCUCUGGAGCACGCAAGACAAUUGGUCCAAUCAAUGCCAUUCUCGGUUAUUGGGUCCGAAAAGAAAUAUGACAAUGGGUCUGGUACCACAGUGGCGGCAAGAAAGUACCCAUGGGGUCUCGUGGAAGUCGAAAAUGACGCUCAUUGUGAUUUCCGCAAACUAAGAUCGUUGCUAUUGAGAACCAACUUGCUCGACUUGAUCUUGACCACUGAAGAACUACACUACGAAACUUACAGAAGAUUGCGUCUAGAAGGUAAUUCGUCCGCCGAGGACAAGGAUGGUAUUCUUCCUCACCCUGCUCCCGCCAGAAAGUUGUCUCAUAAUCCAAAGUUUAAGGAGGAGGAGAAUGCAUUGAAGAAGUAUUUCACAGAUCAAGUGAAGGCCGAGGAACAAAGGUUCAGGCAAUGGGAACAAAAUAUUGUUAGCGAGAGAAUCAGAUUGAAUGGAGACUUGGAAGAAGUCCAAGCUAAGGUAAAGAAACUGGAAGAACAAGUCAGGGCAUUGCAGCUAAGAAAACAUUAA